AUGCUACUGUCAGUACUUCUGACUGUCAGCUGCGUGGUGGGAGCUGCACACGCUCUUGGACAGGAGCCCAUCGUUGCUUUUGACAAAACCAAGGGAGCCUACAAGUUAGCGGGGAAGAAUACUGCUCCGGGUGUGAUUCUACUUGACGGUGACGACUGGUCUGGUGUCAUCCGUGCGGCUGGUGACCUUGCUGUCGACUUCGGAAGAGUGACCGGUACAAAUUUCACGACUGGCCUAAUCAAUGGCACAGCCCUUCAUGAUCAAUCUUCCAUUCGCGGUAACAGAGGAGUGAUCAUUGCUGGAACAAUUGGCAAGUCCCGACUCAUCGAUUCUCUUGCCAAACGGGGCAAGAUCGAUGUCGAUCAGACGAAAGGAAAAUGGGAGGCAUUUCAGACUGAGGUUGUUAGCAAUCCUCUUGAGGGAAUCUCGAACGCUCUGGUCAUCUCUGGCAGUGACAAACGAGGAGUCAUCUACGGCCUUUACGAUAUCUCCGAGCAGAUCGGAGUUUCUCCCUGGUAUUGGUUCGCCGACGUCGCUCCUGCCCAACACAAAGAGGUAUAUGCGUUGAAAAAGAAGAAGAUCCAGGGACCUCCGUCUGUUAAAUACCGAGGCAUCUUUAUCAAUGAUGAACAGCCGGCUCUGACUAACUGGAUUAAUGAAAACUACCCUCCUGCGAAAUACGGUCCCGGUUUCAAUGCCGACUUCUACUCCCGUGUGUUUGAGCUUCUUCUCAGACUGCGUGCGAACUAUCUAUGGCCGGCAAUGUGGGACAAUGCAUUCUAUCCCGACGACCCACGCAAUGGUCCCACAGCAGAUGAGUAUGGAAUCGUCAUGGGCACCAGCCACACAGAGCCCAUGAUGCGAGCGACAAAGGAACAGUCGCUGUUUCUGGAGGGAGAGUGGGAUUGGACCUCAAACAAAAAGAACAUCACCCAGUUCUUCAGAGAGGGCGCCAUUAGAAGCAAGGACUGGGAAGUGCUCUGGACCCUUGGAAUGAGAGGAAAACAUGAUACUGCAAAUCCAACCAAUACAAAGCAAUCACUGGGAGAUAUCGUGAAUACGCAGCAGCAGGUUCUGUCAGACGUCCUUAACAUGACAAACAUCUCAUCCGUCCCACAGAUGUGGUGUUUGUACAAGGAGGUUGGCCAAUUCUAUGAGGAAGGACUGCGUGCUCCGGAUGACGUUACUCUUCUCUGGGCAGAUGACAACUGGGGAAAUAUCCAGCGGCUGCCGGUCGGCAAUGAGACGGCUAGGUCUGGUGGUGCAGGAGUGUACUACCAUUUUGACUACGUCGGCGAUCCCCGUGACUACAAGUGGAUCAAUACCAUUUCCCUCCAGAAAACAUGGGAACAGAUGCAUCUUGCAUAUGAGCGCCAGGCAAGGCAGAUCUGGAUUGUGAAUAUUGGAGACCUUAAGGGAGUGGAACUUCCCCUGAACCAUUUCCUUGACCUUGCAUACAAUACACCAUUGUGGUCCUCGCCUGAUAGCACUCUUACGUGGCUCAAUCACUGGGCUACCAGAGAAUUUGGAGAACAAGUAUCCAGCAAAGUGGCUGAUAUAAUGGAUCGCUAUGGAAUGUAUGCUGCACGGAGAAAGUAUGAGCUCAUUGACAGCUCAACAUUUAGCGUGAUCAACUAUAACGAAGCGGACCGGGUGCAGGAGGAGUGGCGAGCGCUCGUAAACGAUGCUCAGAGCGUAUACCAGAAGUUGAAAGAUUCAGUCCGUCCUGCGUUCUUCGAGCUCGUUCUGCAGCCUUGCAUGGCUGGCCAAAUUGUCACCGAUAUUCAUAUCACAGCGGCAAGAAACAAUCUGUACGCAGGCCAGCGCCGUACGAGUGCCAACAGUUUGGCGGAUCAAGCCCUUAUGCUCUUCAAAGAUGACCACGCCUUGACGCAGAGGUACCACAAACUUCUUGACGGCAAGUGGAAUCAUAUAAUGGACCAGACGCAUCUUGGUUAUGAUUACUGGCAGCAGCCGAUGCGGAACACAUUACCUCCUCUGGCAUAUACACAAGUACUUGAGGAAAGUCUGGCAGGAAGCAUGGGUGUGUCUGUCGAAGCAAGCAAUGCAUCGGUACCCGGUGACGACGUCUGGCAUUCGUUAUCGUCUAAUUCUCUGACUCUGCCGCCGAUGGAUCCUUACGGACCGAGCACUCGCUGGAUUGACGUUUACUCUCGCGGAACGCACGAUUUCACUUUUACAGUGUCCCCAUAUGAUUCCUGGGUCAAGGCGUCCCCCCCGUCCGGCAAAAUCUCAGCAUCUGGAAAUAACACAGAUGCCAGGAUUCAGCUCUCCAUCGACUGGGAGCAAGUGCCCACUGGAUCUCACAUGGCCUUGAUCAAUGUCACCAUCUCAUCGGAUGACUACGGCAAUUUUGGAAUGCCCACUGUGCAACUCCCUGUCAACAAGACAUCAGUUCCAGCUGAUUUCCACGGCUUUGUGGAAUCGGAUGGCACAGUCAGCAUGGAAGCUGAACAUGCCACCCGUAACACGUCGUCAGCUGAUGUCUCGUACGCCGUCAUUCCAAGAUACGGCCAUACGCUGUCGGGAGUAACGUUGCUCCCUGUCACGAUUGAAACACAGCAGCCUCCAUCCUCUCCUCGACUCGAGUAUGAUAUGUACUUGUUUUCCAAUGUGUCCACUGUCAAAGCUACGGUCUACUUGGGACCCUCGCUUAAUACCGAUCAUUCCCGUCCCCUCAAAUACGCCAUUUCCAUCAAUGACGCUGAGCCUCAAGUGGUGCAGUUUGUUCCCUCGACUCCCCUUGGCUCCUUGCCAUCGAAUUGGGGCACUACGGUCAGUAACGCUGUGUGGACCAAUACCACCAGUCAUGCAAUUCAAGGCGACGGUAGAAAGAACACACUGAAGCUUUGGGCCAUAGAACCCGGAGUCGUGUUUCAAAAGAUUGUGGUAAACCUGGGAGGAGUCAGGCCAAGCUACUUGGGACCUCCGGAGAGUAUGAUUGUCUAG